CAGGGACACCAGAUCUGCGUGGCCCGCACUUUCUUUCACUCAGCUCGCUCAUUACUCUCAAUCAAAGAUCUCGGCGCAUUGGAACGGGCGAAUGACUUGCUCAACCCUUCUACUGUAGCUAUAGGGCCAGAAACUUUCACAACAUGCAAGACGUAUCGCCCGAACCUCAUUUCGGAGCAAUAGAAGGAUGAAUAUCCCGAAAUUGUCCCUAGCUCGUUUCAGGCCCGGUCCGGUGCUCCAUAUGUCACAUGUAGCGGCUUGUCGGUCCUAUAUAAUAAUAAGAUGGAGGGAGGGGUCCUGUCUUCUGUCCGAGGCAGGUGGCACACCCUUGACACAUGAUGAACGCCCUGACUCUCCUGACACUGCUCUUACCGACUGUACUAGGAUGGGACUAUACCGUUGAGUUGACCGUGGAUCGCUCGACAAAGUACCAGGUGGUCGAUGGUUGGGGUUGUUCCGAAGCUUUUCAACGAGCCACAGACGUUCUAGGUCGGUAUGGUCUCUCACCCCAAAACCAGAGUUAUGUGCUUGAUCUGCUAUUCGACGUCGAGAAGGGAGCUGGAUUCACCAUCCUGCGUAAUGGUAUUGGAUCAAGUAACAGCUCCAAAGGGAAUCUGAUGAAUUCCAUCGAACCGUACGCUCCCGCUGGACCGAAUGCUACCCCCAACUAUACCUGGGAUCACUAUAGCAGUGGGCAAUUCCCUCUCUCGCAAGAUGCUCGAGCUCGUGGUCUACCUUACAUAUAUGCCGAUGCGUGGUCUGCCCCCGGAUUCAUGAAGACGAAUGACGAUGAGAAUAACGGAGGUUAUCUCUGCGGAGUCGAAGGCACCCAUUGCUCCACGGGCGAUUGGAAACAGGCCUAUGCGAAUUACUUGAUCCAGUUUUGGAAGUACUGGAACGACGCCGGAGUACCCAUCACUCACCUUGGGUUCUUGAACGAACCUUCUUUCGCACCUGAUUACGCCAGUAUGCAAUCCAACGGGACACAAGCCGCCGACUUUAUUCGAGUUUUGGGUAAAACAAUCCAGAAGGAGAACAUUGAUGUCGAGAUCGUCUGCUGCGAUGAUUAUGGAUGGGAACAACAAGAAGCCUUGAUGGCCGGCCUAGCAGCUCCAGAUGAAAAUGGAAACAGUGGCGAGAGCUACUUGUCAGUCAUUUCUGGGCAUGGAUAUGCUUCUCCUCCCGAUUUCCAACUCAGCACGUCGUUGAGAGUAUGGGAGACAGAAUGGGCAGAUUUGACGGGCGAUUACACUCCUUAUGAAUUUUGGAACCAUAGUGGACCGGGCGAAGGUCUUACAUGGGCAUCAAGGAUCCAAGUGGCUCGGCUUUGAUCAACCUGCACGGUGACGAGGUCGUGCCGAGUAAACGAUUUGUGACUGGAUUCGAGA